CCGGCGCUGCCCACUCGCGGGAGCCCCCGGGGCCGGACGGGCUGCGCAGCCGGAGAGGCGGGGGCCCGACGCGGCCCCCCCGGAGCCGGGCGCCUGGCGCGGGGGCUCGCCGAGAACACGGGGGGCCGCGCGGCGCUGCAGACCCAGCCUCCCGCCGCCGCCGCCGCCGCCGCCUCGGCGUGCAGAACCCAGAAGUGAACAGCAGGCGACCCGGAAGGUUUGCGCGCGGCUCCGCACCGACCGGAGCCGGGAGCCGGAGCCCCAGCCCGGCCCUGCUCGGGCCGCCGGGCGCGGGGCUGCGGCCGCGUGCCGGAGCCGCCGCCGCACAGCCAGGUGCUGUUGGGAACACAGAGGAAGUGACUGGCUGGGGGUUCAGGGAAAGCUCCGUAGAAGAGGGAACACUUGAGCUGGGUCUUGAAGGAUGAGUAGAAGUUCACCAAGUGGGAAAGGACACUCUAGGAUGGCCGAGCCUCGAUUUAACAACCCCUACUUCUGGCCCCCUCCUCCCACCAUGCCCAGCCAGCUGGACAACCUGGUCCUGAUUAACAAGAUCAAGGAGCAGCUGAUGGCGGAGAAGAUCCGACCGCCUCACCUGCCGCCCACGUCGGCCUCGUCGCAGCAGCCGCUGCUCGUGCCGCCGGCGCCCGCCGAGAGCAGCCAGGCGGUCAUGUCGCUGCCCAAGCUGCAGCAGGUGCCGGGGCUGCACCCGCAGUCCGUGCCGCAGCCCGACGUGGCGCUGCACGCGCGGCCGGCCACCAGCACGGUCACAGGUCUAGGGCUCUCCUCCCGGACCCCGGCUGUGAGCACAUCAGAGUCCAGCGCGGGCACGGGCACCAGCACCCCGUCCACACCCACCACCACCAGCCAGAGCCGCCUCAUCGCCUCGUCCCCCACCCUCAUCUCAGGGAUCACCAGCCCCCCCCUCCUGGACUCCAUCAAGACAAUCCAGGGCCAUGGCCUGCUGGGCCCCCCCAAGUCCGAGCGAGGCCGCAAAAAGAUCAAGGCGGAGAACCCAGGGGGCCCGCCUGUCCUGGUAGUCCCCUACCCCAUCCUGGCCUCAGGCGAGACUGCCAAGGAGGGCAAGACAUACAGGUGUAAGGUGUGCCCGCUGACCUUCUUCACCAAGUCCGAGAUGCAGAUCCACUCCAAGUCGCACACAGAGGCCAAGCCCCACAAGUGCCCGCACUGCUCCAAGUCCUUUGCCAACGCCUCCUACCUGGCCCAGCACCUGCGCAUCCAUCUGGGCGUCAAGCCCUACCACUGCUCCUACUGUGAUAAGUCCUUCCGACAGCUCUCCCACCUCCAGCAGCACACCAGAAUCCACACAGGCGACAGACCCUACAAGUGCCCGCAUCCUGGCUGCGAAAAGGCUUUCACUCAGCUCUCCAAUCUCCAGUCUCACCAGCGCCAGCACAACAAGGACAAGCCCUACAAGUGUCCCAACUGCUACCGGGCCUACUCGGACUCCGCCUCCCUGCAGAUCCACCUGUCCGCGCACGCCAUCAAGCACGCCAAGGCCUACUGCUGCAGCAUGUGCGGGCGGGCCUACACCUCUGAGACCUACCUGAUGAAGCACAUGUCCAAACACACGGUGGUGGAGCACCUGGUGAGCCAUCACUCGCCCCAGAGGACGGAGUCCCCCGGCAUCCCGGUGCGAAUUUCCCUCAUCUGAGCCGACCCCAGGCGCCGCCCUGCCCACUGGCAGACACAGACCCGGGCAGCACCAGGCCCGACCCCCUCCAGGGCCCUCCAGGAACAGCCGAGCUCGCAAUGACCUUCCUGACCUUCCAGAAAGCCUGGGCACAGAAGCCCUGCCCGGCCCAGCUCCGGGUGGCCAGGCCAACCGCAAGAUACUGGACUGUUUGGUGGCAUCCAAAGACGAUCUCAGAGCACUUUGAACCUCUCUCUGUUGGGUUUUCUUUUUCCCUCCACCCUUCACUUGCUUCACUGUUGUUGUUUUUUUUAAGUUUGUUUUGGAAAUAACAAAAAGAUAUUUAUUGGCCAAGAAGUUGGUGCUGCUAAGACCGAGAAAUUAAGAGUUGGACAGAUGGACACAGAGAACCAGAGGGCAGCGUGGGACCGCCUCUUGCCAUGGCCUUAGGUCUUGAGGGAAGGCUCAGGCCUGGGUUUCUGGACUGCAAAGGGGGGGGUGGGGGGGGCUGGUGGAAGGGGCAGGUGGCAGCUGGAGCGAGCCCCUCACCCUGGGUGCCCAGCGUGGACCUCGAGCUGCACCCUGAGCAUCACUGACCAGAGGGAGGCGGCAGCCACCAGAGCUGCCCAGACUUCAGGAGGCAAAACGAGAGGGGCCGGGGGAUCAGAAGGACCAAAGGCUGCAGUGCUGGGCUGGGCUGGGUGCAGCCCAGGGAAAUGGGGCGGGGUGGGCUGGGUAAGACCUGGACCCCCAAUGCCCUUAAGACCACCCCAGUCUACCUCGGUGCUGGCCAGGAAACCUAUUGGCUACCUCUCCCACCAUCCCAGACUGUGGGCAGGGGGAUGGGGAGGGAGUGGGUCUGGGGCUAGGACCCCCUCCAUCAUUUCCUCCAGAUGGGACAUUACCCAGGGAGGGGUUACUUGUCUUCCCUGCCAUGGAGGGGGAACCCCCAGCCCAGGCCCUCAGCCCCUCGGUAGGGAAGGGGUCCUCCGAAAGGAGGGUCCCAGGAGCUGCCCCUGCCCUCAGCCCCCACAGACACACCCCGAUCUGAAAGCCAUGCGUGUCCGUGUAUAUAGGAACCAUGUACAGAGACCGGAGAAGCCCCACUCCAUCCCCCGGGAAAAAAAAAACUAGACAGAAACUCAUCUAUAUAUUCUGUAUCUGGAGUUCCGUUUUGAAUAUUAACUGUGUUAUUUUUAUACACUUUUUAAGCCUUAACUCACCAUUGAUUUACCAGUUUAACGUCUCCUGGGGUUUCUUUUCCCACAGGGUUCUCUGCCCCCGCCCGCCCCCACCCCUUUGUUUGACUUGCGUCGUCUGAUACUCAGUAUUGUAGCUUUUGUCCGCAUGUUACUACCCUGUAAAUACGCUGUUAUACACACUGUUAACACCCUCUGCUUUUUCUAUGGGACCUCCAGGCCACCUUAUUUAGAACUAGUUACCUUAUUAAAAAAGAGAAAACAGUCUGUUGGCCUCUCAGUCUGCAUCUUGGUGGCAGGGAGGUGAGGGCAGGCGCCCCUCAACGCGUCAGGAAGGAGGUUUGCAUUACAUUUAAGAAAAGGGGUGGGGAGUGAAAAAAAUGCAAUGUGGGGAAAAACACUAAAGGGGGCAAGACACACAGGAAUUCUAAACCCUCUGCUCUUUGUAUUUCUCUGUUGUGAAGAAUAAACAUACCUGCACCCGG